AUGGCACUACGCACCGGGAGGACUUGGCUUGGGCAGGUCUUGCGCAGGGUUUUUCGGCUGCAGGACUCCUGGUCCAGGCGAUCGAGUAGCCUCUUGUGUCUCUCUGCAAACCAGGAACAGGAUCUGGGUUUCUGUCACCGGGAUCACCACAAGGCAGGGGGUUUCCACCGCUGCUCCCACUCCUGCGUCCAAAGCGGACACACUCACCAGAGCGCACCUUUCUGCGCCUCCGCCUCCAAGCGCUGCCCACACGGCUUUCCCUACACUCGCUGCGCCUUCCCGGGGAAUCCGAGGGGACAUGAGCCCCUCGGUCGCCGGUUCCUGUUGGCCAUGAAGCGGCAAAACGUGCGGACCUUGUCCCUGAUCAUUUGCACGUUUACUUACCUUCUGGUCGGGGCCGCGGUCUUUGACGCCCUGGAGUCCGACUUCGAAAUGCGGGAAAAGGAGCAGCUGGAAGCCGAGGAGAAGCGUCUCCAGGGGAAAUAUAACAUCAGCGAGGAUGAUUACCGCAAACUGGAGACCAUCAUCAUGGAGGCUGAGCCCCAUAGAGCCGGGGUGCAGUGGAAAUUCGCGGGGUCAUUUUACUUUGCCAUCACGGUUAUUACAACCAUAGGAUACGGGCAUGCAGCGCCGGGGACUGACGCAGGGAAGGCCUUCUGCAUGUUUUAUGCCGUCCUGGGAAUCCCUUUGACUCUUGUCAUGUUCCAAAGUCUGGGCGAGAGGAUGAACACUUUUGUCAAGUACCUAUUGAAGCGGAUAAAGAAGUGCUGCGGCAUGAGCAUCACCGAGGUGUCUAUGGAGAACAUGGUGACUGUAGGAUUUUUCUCCUGCGUUGGCACGCUGUGCAUCGGGGCUGCUGCCUUCUCCCACUAUGAGGAUUGGAGCUUCUUUCAGUCUUAUUAUUACUGCUUCAUCACAUUGACAACUAUAGGCUUUGGGGACUUUGUGGCCCUUCAAAAGAACCGGGCCCUCCAGAAGAAGCCCCUGUAUGUAGCCUUCAGCUUCAUGUAUAUCCUGGUGGGACUGACGGUCAUCGGGGCCUUCUUAAACCUGGUGGUGCUCCGCUUCCUGACUAUGAACAGUGAGGACGAGCGGCGGGAUGCAGAAGAACGCGCCUCGCUAGCCGGCAACCGUAACAGCAUGAUCAUCCACAUCCAGGACGAGUCGUUGCCGCGUGGCCGGCGGCGGCGUGAACCAUACCGGGCGGAAAUGACUGAUUUGCAGUCAGUCUGCUCAUGUAUGCACUACCACUCGCAUGACUUCAGCAGCUCUGGGGGAGGGAUGGGAGGCCUUGGAUGUGCUUACUCCCAUCAGAACUCAUUCAGCUCACAGCUGAAUCCCAAUCAGUACUUUCACUCGGUUUCCUACAGGAUCGAGGAGAUCUCACCCAGCACCUUGAAAAACAGCUUCUUCCCUUCGCCCAUCAGCUCGGUGUCUCCGGGGCUUCACAGCUUCUCAGACAAUCACCAUCUCAUGAGGAGAAGGAAAUCCAUCUAAACCCUAAACUACAGGAUACACACGUUUCCAUGUUUUAUAGACAAGGUCAAACAUUUGCAAUGCUGCUCCUUACCAAAUCUUAUUUCAGCACUUUUUGUCCUUUUCGGUUGGAUGUAAUAUAAAAGUAUUCUUGGGGACAGGUGAGGAGAACACUACACAAAGCAGAGAGCGUGGACUUACUGGGAUGCAAAGCAUGAAGCAUGGAUGUCUAUUUUUUCAAAGGAUUUGCUCCAUUUACACUCAGACUUUGAAGACCUUCCUUCUUUCAGAUUUACAGUACAGAUAUUGAUAUAUUAACUUUGGUUUCAUACCAAAUGAUGCACACUUGGGGAAAUGCUAUUUUUCAAAAGGGAGUUUGCUUGUUUCACCUUAACUUGAAGAACAUUUUGCCGUUAUGUACUACUCCAUUGCCUCACUGCAGACAGAGAUUUUAAAUGACUCAAAGCAUCAGGUAUUGUUUUCUAUAAGCAAUCAUAUAUAACGUUGGUUUCACUACGCAUUAAGCCAAAAUAUUGUUGCCAAUAUUAGCAUGUGCAUUAGAUGUCAUUUAAUGAGUGUGCCAUGGUUUGUGCCAUUCUUUAGUCUCUUAUAGAACAGCUGUUUGAAGGACGUCUGUUUGUCUUUGAUUUUAGGGGUCAUGCUGCUGUUAUUGAUAUUUAACCCUCAUCUGGUAUCUGACCACAAACGCUUUAAUUUCACCCACAGCCUUUAGAUUAUGAAUGAUUUCAUACUCUCCUCACACUGACAUUAAU